UUAAAAUCCUAACUCAUCAUGUUGUCGACGUUAAAGAAGCUCGGAAUUACUUAUAACUCGCUCAAUAACCGCAACACCUUUACGAGCGGAGACGUAAUUUCUGGUCACGUAACGUUGGAAGUGACCAAGGACUGUCAGAUCGACUCCUUUUACAUCAAGUUCAAGGGGAAAGCUGAAGUCAAAUGGACUGAGGGCCAGGGUCAGGCCUCUAAGGUGUACCACUCCAAAGACAAGUACUUCAGCGUGCGGCAGUACUUCAAGGACUCCAGCGUCGUGCCUCCAGGAAUCCAUGUGUACCUCUUCUCCUUUCAAUUCCCUCUCCAGGAUAUCCCCUCUUCCUUUAAAGGUGCAUACGGUAAAAUUAUAUACUUGCUGGAGGCUAUUUUGAGCAGAUCAAUGAGGAUGGACAGCAAGGAAUCAACUGUGAUCAACUUUGUGGGAAAAGGAGACCUGAACCCAGUCCCUGGGCUAAUGGAACCCCAACAUGAAUCUAUGGAUAAGAAAAUCAAAUAUUUCACCUCAGGAUCUGUCGCCAUGGAUGUAAAGCUUGAAAAGUCAGGCUUCUUCCCAGGGGAAGGACUGAAGGUUUUGGCGUACAUUAAGAAUGAUUCCUCUCGUGAGAUCAAGCCCAUACCAUUUGAAUAUAUAACGACAUUCUCCUUAUUAGAUGUUGUUUUAAAAAUAAACUCUGGCCCCACCCACCUCCAGGUCUACCUUGAUGUGAAGUAUAACUCAGACACAGGAAUCAAAUUCGACAUCGUCAUCUUCCCAGCCUAUCAGGUCCCCGCUAUGGCAACGGCACCAUCGGCUGCUUCUGACUUUGGAAAUGGGCCAUAUGGGAACUAUGGGAAUCCACACCCUCUUGUGUGGGGGUUUGGACCUCCACAACCACCAGCAGGGGAUCAGCCUGCUGUACCUCCUCCUCCCUAUGAGACAUAUGGAACGUACCCUUCUCUGAAUGAUUUUGCCAGUAAAUGUUAAAUACCUUUGCUGUUGCUUUUAAGGAUGAGAAAUAUAAAGCCAAAGGUAACACUUUAUGUAGACAUAAGGUUUAUUACAGACUAUUUGAUGUUCUUUAGCUUUAUCUUUAUUUAAAAUAUGCAACUGAAAUUUGUAUUGU